AUGAUCUACGAACACCUCGGAUUGUUCACGACCUGGAUUCCCGAAUCAUUCGUCCAUCUGUCAGCUGGAGUGGUUUUCGGCUCCGUACUUCGCCUGACCACAACCGAACAAGGGAGGAGAAAAUGGGAACUCACGCCAAGUCUGUUUUUCAACUACCUACUUCCACCGAUUGUGUUAGAUUCGGCCUAUUGCAUGUACAAUCGAGCGAUCGCCGAGUAUAUCGGUGCAAUCAUGACCUUUGCUGUGUUUGGAAGCAUUCUAAAUUCCAUUCUUACUGCAACACUGAUGUGGAUACUGUAUUUGUGUGGUGCCUACGGACCUUUUAACAUUAACUUGGAGUUUAAAAGUUUUUUGCUGUUCAGUACAAUCAUUUCUGCUGUUGACCCGGUCGCGGUGUUGGCAACGCUUCAGGAGAUUCGGGUGGAACUUGGUCUGUACUACACAGUAUUUGGGGAAUCCCUGUUCAACGAUGCCGUCAUUGUGGCCCUGUACGGAACAGUCACUUCGUUUUCACACCUAGAACAUGUCACAGCAACUCACGUUAUGUAUGCCAUACUGUCCUUGUUCACAGUCAGUAUCGGUGGACUUGUGGUUGGCGCGCUGUUCGGCGUUGUCACGUGUCUGGCCACCCGAUGCCAGAGCAAUUUCGGUGGAGUGCUUGUAUUGACAAUCAGCUAUUUCUCCUACAUCAUGGGUGACUGUCUUGGCUGGUCCGGGUUGAUGGCUUUGAUCUGCUGUGGUCUGAUCCAGACUGCCUACGCAUUUCACAAUCUUAGUCAAGUUUCUGUGCCACAAUGUUCAUCAUCUUCUUCACAAUCGUACAAACGUCCUCUGUUCAUCACGGCCACAAUGUUCAUCAUCUUCUUCACAAUCAUCGUCAUGGGUAUGACCAUACGACCAUUGAUUAUGUGGUUGCGUAUCCCGCUGCAGCGUGAAGAGAAGCUUAGUUUGUUCCACCAAUUGAACGAACACAUUAUCGAUGAGUCUUUGUGUGCGGUGGAGACGAUUUUGGACCGCAAAGGCCGAAACAGAGUACGUGACUGGUUCUACGACAUUGAUGACCGAUACAUUCGCAAAUGGCUACAACGCGACCCGGAGACCCACAAUCAGAAGAUUGUCAAGUUGUACGAACAGAUUGCAUUGAAACUGCACUACGCCGUGAUUCAGCCGGCGAAGUCAGAACUUCAUCUGGACAAGAUCCCCGAUGGAAUCAAAAUGCACUACACACCAGUAGGCGGCCCGGCAAAGCUAGCUGAAUCGAUGCUAUCCGGAAGUCCUGCUGAAGGGCAACAGAUUUCCAGGUUCAUCUAUUCACCAGCUCGAACACGUAAUUUAGAUUCUGGUUCCUCGGUUAUCUGCUCAGAUGACGAAUUUCCCGCUCACAUGAAAAAAAUAGUGCGUCCCUCAGUCAAGUGGAUGCGGAACUUCGCAAGAUGGAGAUUAUGUGGACGACGGAAAAAGGUGGAGCUAAACCGACCGUCCAUGACCGAAAGCUUCAGUGGCACCAGUACAGGAGUAGCUAACCUUGAAAAUUUAAGGAGAUAUCUCCGAAGUAGUCGGGUGGAGAGUUUCCUCUCUACUUCCUCAGCACAACAUCCAUUCAUGGACAACCUCGUCGAUCUUUUGGUCUCGAAAACACUGAUCGCAUCCAAAACGGAUGAUCAAAGAGAUAUCAUCAACUCUACCACAUUCCAUAGGGGAAGACAAACCCUAGUCUCGACAGCUGACCCCGUAUACUUCGGUUUGAACGAAACCGAUAGGGAUGUCCCGGUGGUAGGAGAAUUAGAUCCAGAAUGUGCGAUUUUCUAUGGUGUGUACCCAACUUGGGAACUCCAGCCCCACCUACUGCACACAGACUGGCUACGAGUGUGGCAUCCAGGGACAUUAGUCAAUUCUUCUUGA